AGGGGAAACUGCAGCGAGGUGGCGAACACACUCACACUCACACACACACAGGCACAAACACACACUGUGUGACAGUGGAGAAAACAGGGUGAAGGACAAUGCGUGCAUAACGCUUAUUGAAAUAGUUCUCAAGUGAGUUCGACGCUGGCGUCGACGUCGUCCUCAUCGUCAACGUGGGCUUGCCAAAUGGGCCGAAAAAGGGGUGGCGGUAGAGCGGUAGGGCGUAGGGCGUAGGGUGGUGUAGUAAAGAAAGAAAGUGGCCUACAAGCUAGGCUGUAUGUGUGUGUGUGUGUGUGUGCUAACUAGGAGGAGGCUGCCAUUUAAUGCCCAGAAUCAGAAUCAGAAUCAGAAUCAGAAGCAGUAACAGAACCGGUUGAGACAGCUGAUAUUUGCAGGCUGUGCAACUGUCUGGGUAUUACACGACGACUGUCUCCCGCACUUCUACUACUUUCUACUCUCUCCUCCUAUACUUUUCCACUUUCUCUUGCCGCCUUCUUUUUUUGCCAUAUCUGGGUGGGUAUCUGGGUAUCUGGCUGGCAUUGCCGUGAUUGUCAAUACGCAAUCCGUAAUCCGGCGAAGGCUUAGGAAACCGAAAGAAGAUAAGCAGCAGCAGCUUACCAGCAGGACGACUGCUGCUGCCAACUUUUCUGUGUUGGGUGGUUGGCAGGCAAGUGGGUGGCUCUGAUUUUGAUACUCAUUCUGCAGCUGCGGCCAACGCCAUCUCGCUGUGGUAUUUAUAUUUGUUUUGAUUUCAUGCCCUGCUGGCUGAGCUCCAACCUGGACCAGAUUGUUUGCCUACUACACCAGCCAUCUCUCCCCUACCACCCCCUCCCUACCCUUACCCAAAGUUACAUCACAAGAAGAAAAAAAAAACAGCCGUUACAGCCGCUGCAGCAGCUGCCAUCCUGUUGAUCAACCUUCUUGCAUUCAAACAGGGAAAUUUCAUCCCCAAAAAAUCUUCCCUACUUUCUCAUUGAAAGCUCUCACUUUCAACUGACACUUUCAAUCCCCUUUCAACUGCUAUAAAAGGAGGUACACCAGCCAGUUGCCACUCAGUUGCUCGUGGGCAGUCGAACGACAUGGAUGUGUCGCAGCAGCAGCAACCUCAGCGCAAGAAGCAGCAGCAGCAGCCGCAUCAAGAACAACAACAACAGCAACAGCAGCAGCAAUAGUUUCCUUUAGCAUUUGGACCGCCGAAACAGCAGCAACAGAUCACACUGCCAACUCUUCUGAUAAUUUUUUUUUUUGCAAAUUUUUUUUAUUAUUUUUUUUGUGGUUGCUGAAGGGCUUACAAAGAAAAAAUAAAAAAACCAAAAGAAAGAUAAAACAAAAGUGAAAACAGAAAGUUUUAGUGGAUCGAACUUUGUUAGUGGUACUCAGAAAAUUAAAAAACCAAAAGAAAAAAAACAAAAAAUAAAAAACCAAAAAUACAAAAAUAUAUAAAAAACAAAACAGAGUGUGUAAAAGUGCGUGAGUUGAGUUUCAGUUCAAAAAAAAAAAGGGAUUAAAAGGCGAGAAAAACUUUUUGGCGCACAAAAGUAGGCAACAGAAAGGCCAACUUUCGCUUUUCUGGAUCGCCCUCAUCUUGCACCACCCAUCGCACCCACCGAGCGCAACACUGCCAAUUAAAGUUGCCACAGCAGCUGCAACACACACACACACACACAGUCACUGCCAAAAAAGAAGAAGGCUAAAGGCUAAAGGCCAAUGAAGAAGGAAAGACUUUAGCCAGCAGCUGAAUUAUAUUCACUAGUAGCGAAUAAGUUUUUCAAAGAACCACUGCCAAAAGGAACAACAAAGCUACAGAGCUACAGCCACAGCCAAUAAAAACAACAACAACAAGAAAAGCAACUGGGACAGCAACAGCAACAACAACAAAAACAACAACAACGUGUUGCUGCCACAAAACGCAGCAGCCGCAACGAGAGCGUCAUCUCUGCCCUUCGCACGCCUCUGCGGGUCCCACAAAAUGCAGGAGUAUGUCAGGAUUGCAAGAAUUGCAACCAACUCUGCCCGGGCAUGUCACCGGCAAAGAUUCUAUGAACCAAAUGCCGAAGUACGCUGGCAGCACUUCGAGCACUAAACAGGCUGAACGGAGCCACUAGCACCCCGGAUCCGAUCAGCGGCGGUUACAGCGGAGGAACUAUGAUAACGAGUCUCUAUACCACACAAGAGGAUCCCGCCUAUUGCUCGUUCAUCUGGGGCUCGAAUCUCACCACCAGCGCCGAUGUCCUAACUGCCAAUGCCACGUCUGUCUUUAGCAGCGACCUAAGGGACGACUUCUAUCGGGAUGUGGAGGAUCCGCGUACGGAAUCGCUAAGGGAAUACUGCUAUGGCCUGGUGUUGCCCAUCAUCUGUGCCAUGGGCAUCAUAGGCAAUGUCCUCAAUCUGAUUGUCCUAACCAGGCGGAAUAUGCGUGGCACUGCCUACAUUUACAUGAGGGCUUAUUCCACAGCCGCCCUGUUGGCCAUUGUCUUUGCCAUUCCCUUUGGCAUCCGUAUGCUGGUCCACAAGGAUCGAGGCCAAUGGGAGAAAUUCGGACCAGCCUUCUACACUGCCCAUUUGGAGCUUUAUCUGGGCAAUGGCUGUUUGGGCAUUGGCGUGAUGAUGUUACUAGUACUGACCAUUGAGCGUUACGUAUCCGUUUGCCAUCCCGGCUUUGCUAGGCCAGUGAUGGGACCACCAGGCGUUGUGGUCUUCCUCACCUGCCUGGCCACUGUCAUUGUCUAUCUGCCGAGCAUCUUUCGCGGUGAACUUAUCAAAUGCAUGUACGGUUCGAGAGAUGUCUAUGUCUAUCUGAGACGCGAUAAUACCAUCUAUCAGCAGACCAUCUUCUAUCGUGUCUAUAAGAUAAUGCUAGAAGUGAUCUUUAAACUAAUACCAACACUAGUGAUCGGUGGCCUAAAUAUGCGUAUUAUGAUGGUAUAUCGAAGAACCUGCGAACGACGCAGACAGAUGGUAUUAAGCCGUCCACAUGCCCAUGGUUAUAUGAAAGAUGAUGACCCAAGGAAAUUCGCUGAGGAGCGUCGUUUAUUCCUACUGCUUGGCAGCACAUCAAUCUUGUUCCUUGUCUGCGUAUCACCGAUGGCUAUAUUACAUAUGACUAUCGCCUCGGAGGUAUAUCCAAGCUUCCCCUUUCAGGUGUUCAGGGCCAGUGCAAAUUUAUUGGAAUUGAUCAACUAUUCCCUGACCUUCUAUAUAUACUGUCUGUUCAGUGAGGAUUUUCGAAAUACUUUGGUGAGGACCAUCAAAUGGCCAUGGCUAAAGGGAAAGCUAUGUCAUCAGGCUGAGAACGAGGUGAGUGCCAGUCCACCGGCUACAGCUGGAACGGUAGCAGUAGCAGCCGGUACUGGAACUGGCCAUAUAUCUAAAUAUCAUGCAGCUUCAAUACCGGCGCUGACUCUCACACCCGCAGAACCCGCAGAGGACCGACGGCCAAGGAUUGCCAAUGGCGUCCAUCACUAAGAUGGACAAAGGCCAUCAUCAUCAUCAUCAUCAUCAUCAUAAGCAUCAUAUAACCACCACCUCGGGCCUGGGACGAUCGAGUAGCAUUUAAUCUAAUGCCCAACCAACCGCUACUCGAGAUCCUACCUA